GUCUCGGUGCACCUGGAGCUCAGAAAUCGCUGAAAACAAGCUGUUACAAUGGGGGUGGUAGAUGCCACGAGAGAGGAGGCGCCGGGCUUUGGGGGCUGGGUGAGGAGCAUCUAAAUCUAGACCCCAAAUGCGGGGAAAGGCUUCCUCCUGGAAGCCCUGAGUAGUCAGGAGUUAGUCGAGUGAAGAGAAGCGAAGUCACAGAUGCAGAGGCCUACAGGCAAAGGACAAAUUUGAGGAACUGAAAAGAUUCACAUGACCCGUCUUGGGGAAAGAACUUGAGACGCUCCCCUUGUGCCCUGACCACAACCGGCUGUGCGUCACCGGCCGUCUCCUCCAUUAGCCGUGAGCUCCUCCAGGGCAAGGGACCUUGUCUAGGUAGCUGUUCACAUACAGGCUGUGUAAAUAUGUCGCUGUGGAGCUGAAGUCAGCCUUUGAGGAAACUGGCAAGACCAAGGAGGUGAUCGACACAGGCUAUGGCAUCCUGGACCGGAAGGCUUCAGGCGUCAAAUAUACCAAGUCCAUUUCAGAGCCCCCCUGAUGACCUAUCUCCCUCCCAGCUCUGCCUUCCCGUUGGUGAGCCGUGCAGGGACUUAAGGUUAAUUGAAGUCACGGAGACCAUUUGCAAGCGGCUCCUGGACUACAGCCUGCACAAGGAGAGGACCGGCAGCAACCGAUUUGCUAAGGGCAUGUCAGAGACCUUUGAGACGCUACACAACCUGGUGCACAAAGGGGUCAAGGUGGUGAUGGACAUCCCCUACGAGCUGUGGAACGAGACCUCGGCAGAGGUGGCCGACCUCAAGAAGCAGGCUGCCUGGCAGAACAGUGGUCUGGCAAGAAGGGGGACACAGCCGCCCUGGGAGGCAAGAAAUCCAAGAAGAAGAGCGGCCGGGCCAAGGCCUUGGGCGGUGGCAGCAGCAAACAGAGGAAGGAGCUGGGCGACCUCGACGGAGACCCCAGCCCCGAGGAGGACGAGGGCAUCCAGAAGGCUUCCCCGCUCACACACAGCCCCCCUGACGAGCUCUGAGCCUAACCCAGUGGCUCCUGCUGACCGAGAGCCUGAGCUGGGAGCCCAAGGGUCUGGGCCCCCAGCUUCCGCAGAUGGAGCAGCGCAGGGCCUCAGCGAUGCCUGCCUGGCCAGUGCCGCCUCCUGCCGUGGAAACUCCAGCCCCGGGAGAACUGGGAUCCGCUGCGGGCAGCCAGGGCCGGCCUCUUCCCUCUGCCCAGCGUUCCUAUCCCGACCCAGACUUCAGGCGGGCCCCGUGAUCUCAGGACUGCCCAGGAUUCCAGUGUGAGCUCCGGUGGGCAGGUGUCGAGCUGGACCCGGGACUGGGGCUCCAGAGCCCCCCACCCCCUCGCUCCUCCAGCACCAGCUCCUCCUCCCCGCACCCCCUCUUCCUGUGGACGCCUUGUGCUCUGCCCGGCCCUCCCCUGGGGCUCACAGAGUAAAAACCUUUCGGCCUUUUUCAUUCA